UUUUAGGCAAAUUCGCACACGCAGCGAUAAUGAACGUUUUGACAAAAACCCUAGAGAAAGCGUUUUGGGAAUUUCCAUCAAUGUCGAAACAUUGAAAUAGUUUUCUUCGCCGAUCACUGAAGGAGAAAUCGAAAUUUAUAGAGAGAGAGAGAGAGAGAGAGAGAGAGAGAGAGAUGGAGAAGUCUGUGGUGACCUUUGACAAAGGCACGACCUGCUCUUCAUGGAACUACUGUGGCAAGAGAUUGGCUACUAGUUCAAUCAGUGGAGCUUUGGCCAUUUUCGACUCAGUCGACCCGGCUUCUUUGUCAUUCACUUGCACUUCUACAUCCAGGGUUCAUGAAGUGAGCAUUGUGAAAGUUGUUUGGGUUCCUCCAGAAUAUGGUGGUGGAGUUGCAUGCAUUUGUGCAGAUGGAACUUUGUCAUUGUGGGAGGAGGUUGCUGAAGAUACAAAACCCCUUCAAUGGAAGCUUUGCAAAGGCUUUGAGACAAGUUCAAAUCAAGUGCUAGAUAUGCAAUUUGGAGUGUCAUUCACAAGUUUGAAGUUGGCUGCUGCAUAUUCAAACGACCACGUGAAAGUGUAUGAGCUCCUAGAUCCAUUGGAACUGAAGAAUUGGCAACUUCAGGCUGAGUUUCAUAAUGUUAUUGAUUCCGUCUCCAAAUUUGGAAAGGCUGCAUGCUUGUCUGCGUCUAUCUCUUGGACUCCACAAAGAGGUGAAAGCCAGCAAUUGAGCUUUGUUCUUGGUUUCAAUUUGAAUGUAAUGCAACUCAAUUCUGCCAAGGCCCGCUUUCAACCAUUCUAGAAGUGCCGAAGAGUGGCAGCGGCGUUGGAAUUUUGCCAAAGUUUAAGUCGAUGGUGGUGGCAACGGUGAUAAGAAAGUCAGCC